AUGGCUGGCAGAGUACGCCAAGAGAUUGAUCAGCUUGCGCUGAACUGCUUCCUGCGAGACUAUGUGCCAGAGAUUGCGACUCCCAUUAAUUUGAAGCAAUUCAAACAUGGCCAAUCAAACCCAACAUAUCAAAUCACUGCUGCGGAUGGCCAGAGAUUCGUCCUGCGCAAGCGCCCUCCCGGGAAGCAAAUCUCGAAUCACGCGCACCGCGUAGAGCGCGAAUAUCAGAUCCUCGCUGCUCUAGAAGAUACCAAUGUCCCAGUUCCCAAGCCAUAUGUCAUGUGUGAGGAUGCGUCUAUCAUCGGCACACCGUUUUAUAUUAUGGAAUUUCUUGACGGCCGCAUCUUUGACGACGUUGGCGUUCCGGGUGUAAGUCCAGAGGAGAGGACGGCAAUUUGGCACGAGGCGGCCAAGACGCUGACCAAGCUGCAUGCCAUUGAUCCUCGCGACGUCGGACUGCAGGACUUUGGCAAACCGAGCGGGUUUUACAAGCGACAGAUUCGAGCGUUUGACGCCAUUUCGGCGAGCCAGUCCAAGGUCAUCAACAAACGCACGCUGCAGCCGAUAGGACCACUGCCGUACUAUGCAGAGUGCACACAAUUCUUCCAAAACCCGGCAGUGCAGCCUCGAGAUAGGUCAUGCCUGGUGCAUGGCGAUUAUCGCAUUGACAAUCUCGUAUUCCACAAGACAGAGCCGCGCGUCAUUGGUGUUCUCGACUGGGAAACCUCAACCGUCGGCCACCCACUAUCCGACAUUUGCAGCCUCAUAACCUUCUUUUACAUGGCCAAGCAACCUGGCGCAUCGCCUUACGACCUCUCCAGCCUGCUACCCGGUCGCACGCCAGGCAUGCCACAGCCUGAGCAGGUCAUGGAGUGGUAUGCCCGCCACGGGCCGUACGACCCCAAGCCGGACAUGGACUUUGGCCUCGCUUUCAGCGUGUUCAAACUUGCAGUCAUAUGCCAGGGCAUCGAGGCCCGCAUGCUCACGGGACAGGCCGGCAGCGAGAAGGUGGCUUCGUACGCGGCCGUUAAGAACCCGAUGGCGGAGCUGGCGUGGCAGCUUACACAAUAUUCCAACCGCGCGUGGCAGCAGGCAGCAAGACUGUAG